AUGGAGUCACAGUCAUAUUGUGGAAAUGGUUCAGUCACCAAUAUGAAAAGGGUUGCAACCAUAGACGAUCAGGAGAUUCAAAGUUUAGACGAAAAGAGAGCUAAGGAAACCAGAAAUGUAGAAAUGAAACGUCGGAUUAAGGAUAUACCUGCACUGGGAGAAAGGAGACUUCUAGCUCUAGAAAGGCAUAUCAAGCGAAAACGGAGGAGACGCCCGUAUGUUAAAAAGACCAGGAAUUUUAACAAAACGGAGCAGCAGCUUAGCGAAACCUUGGCGGCUCCCCAUGGAAAAAUGCCAGACGACCAUGGGGCGUUUGAUUUAAAGGAUAAGGGGAUACAAGUAUGCGGAGGGGAAGGGAUAAAAGGUUGUAGUCAGAAUGAAAUCGAAGGUACUAGGAUGGAAGUUUCCGUGAAAUAUGGGGUGAAGCCAAAUUGGUUGCAAACGCCAAAUGAACUGAGUGAGAGUUUUGAGAUUUCAUCAACAAAGAUGGAUGCCGAAGAAUAUAAGCAACAGACAGUGCAUUUUGAUAAGUUGAUUGAAUACGUGCUCGACAAAGUCAAAUCAGAUAUAGUUAAUAAAGUUGAAGAUGAAUUCGAAAGCUUGAUCGAAGUGAAACAGUUGAAUGUUGAAGGGGAAUGUCAAAUUGAAAAGGAUGAAAAGACCUGCAUAGAGGUGAAAGGAGAGGAACUAAAUGAAAAUGUCACUCAAGUGAAAAAAGUAAACACCUCAAAUUCUGAAGACGCUGGGCAUGUAAAUGAGGAAGACUUGAAGAAAGAAAAGGAAACAUUUAAAGAUGAAAAGUAUUUUUGUGCACAUCUGGAGAGGGCAGAGAACAACGAAAACAAAAUCGUUGAUAUCGGUGGUGUAAAAGCCGAACAGACUUUCAACACAUUAAGUGCUAGAAUAAAGGAAUCGAAACCAGAAGACCCUGAAUUGGAGGCCAGCAAAACCAGUCAGCUGAUAAAACAUGAGAAAGAAAACGAUUUCGAUCUCGUCGUCGAUGACCUUGAGGAUUACAAGGAUGAUGAAGAGGAUUAUGAUGAUGAUGGUUUCAUGCCGAGAAAAUUAUUUUUCUUUAAUAUUUCUCAAUUUAAGGUAAUGUUUAUGUAA